AUGAUUUUUAAUAGACAAUAUUUGGGACUAAGACACUAUGCUGCAUUUGUACAACUGAAUUCUACAGAACAAAUUAAAUACCUAAGAUCUGUUUUGAAUAAUGGUGAAAACGAUUGGACUAUCGUUAAAGAAAACCUUCUUAAAAAGCGUGGAAAUUACAACGGAAAAAAUAUAGAUGCCAUGAUGUUGAAGGUAAUGGUUAGGAGUAGUGAAUUUGAUGCUGCAUUCAAAUUUGCGGACUAUUUAAAAGCAAAUAAUACUGAACUAUCUUUAGGUGCCACAAAUGGACUUCUGAUACUGUACCAUAACUAUGCGAAAGAAAACAGUCUUUCUAAUAAAGAAAGAGGUUUUAUAUUAGAUUCAUAUAAAAAACUAUAUGAUAAAUAUAGAAUAUUAGAUUCUGCUACGGCAGAGAACUUAUUACAUGCAUUAUGUUCUAUAUGUGAGUGGAAGAAAUGUAUGAGAGUUUUAGGUGAUAUAAAAGAAAGUGGUAAACCCACCCACUCUGCGUAUAGUACAUUAAUUGGUACACUGUUCAAAAUGAAUAAAAAGACUGAAGCUCUUAAUAUAAUUAACAUGAGUGUAAUUGACAGACGUCCGCUUCAAGAUUAUCCUUACGAGGAAUGGAUUAAAUAUAUUUUUAGGAAAUAUAAAGAUACAAAAACUAUUGUAAAAUAUUUGGAUGAAAUUUGUGCACAUAUUAAACUCAGUGGUAUUCCAAUUACUAAGUAUACAGCUGAUAAAAUGAAAGAUGCUUAUUCAGAAUUGAAGUGGGAAACUAAUUAUACUACAAUAUUAAAAAAAAAUGGUGAAUGUACUACAUGUCAUGAAAGACUGGAAUGUAUGAAAUUAACACCUGAUGAGUUUACAUUACUACAAAACAAUGUUAGGGAAAAACUUAUAGUAGGCUCUGAUUUAUUCUUAAAAUCCUCGCCUCAAGAACUAGAACGGUUUCAAAACUUUUUAAACCAAACAGCACCAUAUGACAUUGUUUUAGAUGCUUUAAAUAUAUGUUAUAUAGCAAACCAAAAUAUUAAGGAUCGUUUGCAAGUUUUAAAGUUUGUAGUUAAUCAUUUUUCUAAUGAAAAUAAGAAAAUUUUACUGUUGGGUCGGAAACACAUGAUGAAGUGGAAUAGAGGCGGGUUGGAAUAUCUUAUGAGAAGAUGCCUAACUUUUUUCACGGAUGAUUUAUCACAAGACGAUCCAUAUUUCAUAACCGCAGCGAUAAUGAGCGGGCCUCAUACUGAUAUUGUAUCUCGUGAUUUGCUACGAGGACACCGUUUUGUAUUGAAGCAACAUGAUCUUAGAAUGAUCUUCCAACGGUGGCAAUGGGAACAUCAGUGGAAGGUCUAUGGCAAUAAGCGAGGCCCGUUUAUUCAGUCCCCAUUAUUGUUUACACCGUGUGCCCAAAAGAACUCGAACAUUUGGCACAUCCCAUACGAAGCUGAAUACGCCUCAACGGAAGGAAAAGUUAAUGAUGGAGUCCCUGACUGCUCGACGUGGUUGUGUAUGAAACCAAAUUCUGUUAAAAAAUAA